GAGAGAGAGAGAGAGUAGGCAGUCACUAUCCAAUCGCUAUACACUAUACAAUCGCUCUGCAUGAACAGCUCUAGAAGCCUAGUAUUGUGAGAUCCAAUCCCGAUUUAAAUAUUUCAGAAUUGACAAAAAGCAGAGAUUGCAGGGUAAUUCAAAACCACUAGAAACGGAAUAUAGGCAACAUUUUCAAAGAGCUAUCAACUUUUAUCCCACUGGAUGUAGGCUACCUGGGGACAAUGUAGAGCGCUUUUUUUUUGUCAGUGUGGGUUGGAACAGGUGAAUUGCAAGUAGCGACAAUAUCAAGGACCACCAAGAACAACAACAAUUUACAACAGUCAGACAUCUGAAGGUUCUGCUGAAUUCCAUGGAUCGGACACUCAAGAGGCUUCAUCUCCUUCUGCUCCCGACCGCUGUCACUUUCUGGUCUCUCCCCUUCUCUAUGGCCACCAGCGUGGCCCCAGGGGGAUGUGGCUCCAAUGUAGGCUCCCUGUACUAUAGCCUGUGUGACCUCAGUGCCGUAUGGGGCAUCGUACUGGAGUCAUUCGCGGCGGCUGGCGUGGUGGGUUCCAUCAUCCUCCUCAUCGUCCUCCUGGCCAGCCUACCAUUCAUCACAGACAAGAGCAAGAGGAGCUCCGUGGGGCUCCAUGCCUGCUUCCUGAUCUGUACCCUGGGCCUCUUCUGCCUCACUUUCUCCUUCAUCGUAGGGAAGGACUUCGCCACCUGUGCCUCGCGGCGCUUCCUCUUUGGGGUGCUGUUCGCUGGGUGCUUCACGUGUCUUCUCAUGCAGUGUGUGAGGCUGAACCUCCUGGCCCGCAGGGGGGAUCAGGGGCCCCGGGCCUGGGUUCUGUGUCUGGGAGCCCUGGGGCUCUGGCUGGUGGAGGUGGUCAUCAACACAGAGUGGCUGAUCAUUACCAUUGUUCGCUACCCACUGUCACCGCUCAACGUUACUGGGACAGCACUAGGCACGGCCGCCGACGUGCCCUGUAACAUCGCCAACCAGGACUUUGUAAUGGCGCUGAUCUACGUACUGAAUCUUCUCCUAGCUGUCGUAGUGGCAUCCUUACCCUCCCUGUGCGGGAAACACAAGCAGAGACGCCAGGAGGGAGCAAUACUCCUCGUCACGGGUCUCCUCUCUGUGUUCAUCUGGGUGGCCUGGAUCACCAUGUACGUCUGGGGGAACCUGAGGACCGGUGGACCCAGCUGGGAUGACCCUACCCUGGCCAUCGCCCUAGUCAGCAAUGCCUGGGUGUUCCUGGUCCUCUACACCAUCCCAGAGAUCUGCUCUCUGACUCAGGAGGACGGGGGGGCACCGGGGUUCAGAGAGGACCUGCACCCCAGUAGAGGGGUGGGCUACGAGACCAUCCUGAAGGACCAAGGAGCCCAGAAUAUGUUUAUGGAGAACAAGGCUUUCUCUAUGGAUGAAAACUCAGGUCCGAAGGUUGUGUCCCCAUACAGUGGCUACAGUGGCCAGCUCCGCAGUUCUGUCUACCAGCCCACAGAGCUAGCUAUCAUUAGCAAGGGAAUGGGGAAUCAGGAAAUGUCCUAUGAGUCUCGCAUCCCCCGAGCCUCCAUCAACAACAGCUCCCCGGCCCACAGUACCCUGUCAGUAUCCACCGACAAGGCCGCAGACACACAGACACAACAGGGCCACAGUGGUAAUGGACUACACAAGAAAUCCCAGUGGUGAACACAGACUUUACGUUACACCUCUCUCCUCAAGACAUUUUUGUUCAUCCAUUUUAUUCAAAUCUGUUGACUAUAUUUUGCUGUUUUCCAUUGGAUUCUUAAUAUGAGCUGGCUCUAAAGCUGCCAGCCUAUCAGACUCCAGAGGUGACAUUUGGGUGAUCGAUACAAACAAUUUGCCUAUCUAUAAAUGGACAGACCUGCACAGCAAAAUCAAUGGUGUACAUUUAACUCCGAAAGUGUUAAAUGUACACUAUUUUCAGUGAACAUAUGAGUCCCACUGAACUGGUGUUAAUAUAACACUUUUGAAACUGUUAAAAAUUGAACUCUGUUGCAGUGUUCCCCAUUCAACUCUUAAACUGUUCAUAAUAAUAUAAUAAUAAUAAAUAAUAUAUGCCAUUUAGCAGACGCUUUUAUCCAAAGCGACUUACAGUCAUGUGUGCAUACAUUCUACGUAUGGGUGGUCCCGGGGAUCGAACCCACUACCCUGGCGUUACAAGCGCCAUGCUCAACCAACUGAGCUACAGAAGGACCACUUGAUUGUGGUAUUUGCAUAGCUCUACUGUAGAGUAUUAUGCAAUACCUACAGAGUAAAACGUAACAUUAGACAAAUUUGCGUAUUUCCCAGAGUGCCUUUUCUUUUCAAGUGAAUUGUAAAGUUACCACCCAUGACUGUAUUUGUUAACGAUAGAGACAUGCUUACUGAAUUUAAUUUAAAAGGCCUGUAGCUUUCACCUACUGAGUAUCUAAAACUAUGACUCUAUGAUAGUACAUGUAUCAUGACCUAGUUUCAUCCUAACACAGAGGUGUUAAGAAAGUCAUGGUUUGCACACCAAAUCAGGCCUGCAAAUUGCAUUAUGCUGGCUCUCGAAGUGAUGUGUAAUUCCUAUUGAAAACCAGCCAGAUUUGGGAUAUACUAUAGUUAAAAUUGUUAUUCACUUGCAACCUGCAUUCAGAAUGAUUGUCAGGGUUCUUCUUCUUUUGAAAAUUGAUAAGACUACCUAAACCAUUUCAACUGAAACAACAAUUUUAGUAACAGGUGCAAUAAAUUUAACUAAGUGAUUGGGUUAGUUUAGAAAAAUGGCUAUAUAGUAAACAUACACACACACACACACACACACACACACACUCACAUGGAAGUGCAGCCAACGACAAGAUCGGUCAAGCGAGGGGCCAACAGGUGUGACGGUGUCAUGGGAUUUACCUGCCAUCCCUGGGUUCCCAGAGGAGGACUCAUUAAGAGUGGGAAAAUUCCAUAUCUGGAACAUCUCUAUGGUUCCAAGGAAUAUUGGGAAAGGACUCUUCUGUCACUGGGAUACCAACUAAUAUGAAUACACUUAGUUAUAGGUUAAGCAUUCAAAUAGUGUGCACUUGCUUGCUUUAAAUGAAGUAAGGGCCAAUAUUAUUAAAUCAUAAUCCAAUCUAAUUUGAUUUGUCACGAGCGCCGAAUACAACAGGUGUAGACCUUACAGUGAAAUGCUUACUUAUGUGCCCAUUCCCAACAGUGCAGUUUUAAGAAUACCUAAAAACGGUCAAUGUUUAGUGCUUAGAUUGUGGAUAUCACUUUCAUAAAGUUCACAUAGCUAUUUCAGUUGUAGCUAAAUGGUGUUGAAUGAGUUCAUGUAAAUACCAUGCCAAUGAAUGUCUCCUCACUACAUACUGUAUGUAUGGAAGCACUUGUAUGAACUGUUGUAUGAAUUUGAAAUAUAUUUUUAACAUAGCUAUUUACAGUACUUACUUUUUUAUCAAAUCAGAUUUGAGCCUACACUUGUAAAUGUAAUCAUGAAAUGUAAAUCUAAUAUGAAGUUUGAAAAACAUAAUUAAUUAUUUGAUUGCACAUUCUGUAUCAACAACCUUUAAUGUCCCAAAUAAUAAAGAAUCACUGGUGAAA